AAAAAAACAACAAAGUGAUGUCAUAGCUAAACAACAAGAAAGAAACCAAAAAGAAAAAAAGACUAAAAAUCUCACCUCCUCCAUUAAAAUAAUUUAGGAAUCAUCAAACUUGAAAGAAAUAAACCCCCACUCUCCUCAAACCACGAAUGCAAGCAUGUUAGCGUAAACUGCGAGAGAGGAGAGAGAAAGUGCCAAAAUUUCUACUCUAAAAAGGCAAGAAACAGUAAAACAAGGGACUAUUAUUUUGCAAUUUUCAGGGAGAAAAAAGCUACUCUUAAAAUAACAACAACAACAAAAACAAAUCAUUUUGUGUGUUCUUCCCUAAAUUAAAUCAAAUUCAUAGAUUAUAGAGAUCUGGGUAUAACAUAUAAUUGUUUACCCAGAUGAAAUUAGUGAAGAAAACCCAGAAAAAUAACAAUGGAGAUGUUAAUGUCGCCGGAGAAUUUUCCGGCGGUGAAAAUUCCGGUAGAAGAAGUGUGUUAGUUGGAGUGAGAUUAGACCAACAAAGUAAAGAACUUCUUACGUGGGCCCUUAUGAAAGUUGCUCAACCUGGAGAUCUUGUUGUUGCUCUUCAUGUUCUUCAUUCUUCAACUGAAGUUGAGCAAUCGACGCUUCUUUCUUUGGUGAAGACAUUUGAUUCUACGCUUGCUGUUUACGAAGGAUUUUGUCAUCUAAAGCAGGUUGAUCUGAAGCUAAAGGUGUGCAGGGGUUCGUCUUUGCGAAAGAUUUUAGUUCGAGAAGCCAAAGCAUAUGAAAGUGCUACACUAAUUCUAGGAACUUGUAAAGCCCAGCACAUGAUUCGAUCCCCAACUUCAGUAGCCAAGUACUGUGCGAGGAAAUUACCACACAAUUUCUCGGUUUUUGCUGUAGAUAGCGGAAAAAUUGUGUAUCGUAGAGAAGCUGGAAAUUGUAAACAGUCUCGAUUGGUUUCUGGAUCAAAAGUUGACAAUGUAGAAGUGGAUAGUGAUGGGCAUUCUCCCACUAAAACAGCGGCAUCUGGGCAGGAAGCUUCUGAUGUUUUUGAUAAGCAUUGCUCUGGAGCUAGAAGAAGUACCUUGAUAAAGAGGUAUUUGAGCUGUGCUCCCAUCUCCGCUUGGGCAGAUUAUUCUUGUGAUGACAUGCUAGAUGGUUCUUCCACUGAUGAAAGAGAGGAUAGAUCAUUGGCUUUGGUGCCAUAUCAAGCAAUUGAUGCUUCUGAAGUACCAGAGUUUAUUAUAAGUCAAGAACUACAUGAGUCAAAACCUGGUUGGCCGAUGCUUCGACGGGUGUUUUUACCCAGGCAUCAUGACUCAAAUAAGGUUCCAAGCCGGAAAUCAUCCAUGGUUCGCCGGGUAUUGAGAUUUCCGGGGCGGCGUUCUUCAAUGGUUGUUCACCCUGAUAGAAAGAGACGUGAGUCUGCUCAAAUGGACAGUCAUUUGUCUGAUCUGAAUGGGGAGAGUGGUGCAAUUGUUCCAGUUGGUGAUGUUGCAUCCUCUGUUCCUUCAUCUCCUUUUAACGGAUUCAAUUAUCUGGCGAAGGAACUCCAAGGACUCCAUGAGAAGUACUCAUCCACCUGUAAAUUGUUUGCUUACCAGGAACUUCAGUCAGCUACUUCAGAUUUUGCACCAGAGAAAAUGGUUGGAAAAGGAGGCAGUAGUCAGGUUUACCAAGGGUGUCUACCUGACGGGAAGGAGCUCGCUGUAAAAAUAUUGAAGCCAUCAGAGAAUGCGUUGGAGGAGUUCAUUGCUGAAAUUGAGAUCAUUACAACAAUCAGUCACAAGAAUAUCAUAUCCUUGUGUGGAUUUUGUUUCGAGGAAGGGAGUCUAAUCCUGGUCUAUAAUUUCUUGUCAAGAGGAAGCUUAGAAGAGAAUCUUCAUGGUUAUGAGACUAAUGCGGGAGGAUUUGGUUGGGAAGAGAGAUAUAAGGUGGCACUGGGGAUGGCAGAGGCAUUAGACUAUUUACACAACAGAGGCUCACAAUCUGUGAUUCAUCGCGAUGUUAAAUCUUCAAACAUUCUCCUCUCUGAUGAAUUUGAUCCCCAGCUUGCAGAUUUCGGACUUGCAACAUGGUCUUCGAGUGCACCUUUUCACUUGGCUUCUUCGGAUGUUGCGGGAACCUUUGGGUACCUAGCCCCAGAAUACUUCAUGCAUGGGAAAGUGACUGACAAGAUGGAUGUCUAUUCAUUUGGUGUUGUGCUUCUUGAGCUUCUUUCAGGAAGGAAGCCAAUAGAUAACAGAAAUCCAAAGGGCAAGGAGAGCCUCGUCAUUUGGGCAAAUACGAUAUUAAAGGAUGAGAAGCUGUCUCAGUUGUUAGAUUCUAGAUUAGGCAGCGACUAUGAUCAUGAACAAAUUGAAAGACUGGUUUUGGCUGCGACGCUUUGCAUAAGACGCGAACCUCAAACACGACCCCGUAUAGGCAAUGUUUUGAAGUUGCUCCAAGGUGAUAUUGAAGUAACCAACUGGGCGAAGCAGCAAGUGAAUAGUUAUCCUUUAGAUUUUGAGGUUUUGGAAGGUGAGACACCACGCUCUGAGAUUCUUCAAUCCCAUCUAAAUGUGGCUUUGCUUGGUCUGGUAGAAGAUGACAAUGCCUCUAUUAGUAGUACUGAGCCAAAUAUAUCCUUAGAGGAUUACCUGAAAGGUAGAUGGAGCCGCUCUUCAAGUUUUGAUUAACUGUAUAUCUAUGUGAGAACGUUUUAACAAGGCGAGUGCUUCCGUUAGUGUUAAUUUCUCGUGUAUAGCUGUCAGUUUUUGUUUUCAUUUUGACGUUAUAGGCUUUGGAUGAGAGGAUGUGCGCAAGUGUUAUUUACCCUCCUCCUGGUCUAGCUAGUUGCUGCCAUGAGUUCAUAUUCCAAUGAUCGAAUUUAGCCCAGAAAAGAAGUAAAUAAAAAUUGAUAAAAAUGUUGAAGGUACAACCAAGUGCAAAGUUGUAUGAGCUAGCUGCAUGAACUGAUGUACCUAAUGAAGGUUUAUUGCUUGUUCCACUAGAUUAUCUGUUUUGGUUAUUGCAAGUUGUAACAUGUGAAUAAUUUGGAGGGACUUUAUGUUUCUCUUUGAACUUCAUUUUCUAUAGGCAGAAAAUGCUGUUUAUCUUC